AUCACCAGUGGCCGGCAAGAUGGCAUUGUCACUGGUUGCUUUUAUUAUUUUAGUGGCUCAAGUGAUAUUAGUGACCGCCGACCAAAAUAGAUUGAAUAAAUUCAUUUUUCAUGGAGAUUUCGAAAUAAUAGACUUGACUUAUCCAGUCAAUGAGAACUCUGUGUAUUGGGUAAAUGCUAAAAAGUUCGAGUUCACUAAUAAGUUAGGGCUGAAGGGAAAGGUUGGUUCUUGGUACGCUACCAAUGACUACGCGUCGGGGGAGCAUGUCGGCACCCACCUGGACGCCCCUUUCCACUUCGCCGAACACGGGAUCAAGGUCGGCGAUAUACCUGUGGAGAAACUUAUCGUUCCAUUGAUCAUCAUAGACAUGAGGUCAAAAGUGAACGACGACCCGAACUUCGUUCUCGAGAAGCAUCACCUGGACCACAUGUUGAACGACAACUUCGGCAAGCCGUGCGCUGUGCUCGUGAGGUUCGGCUGGGGCAAGUUCUACCACGACCGGGAACAGUACCUGGGACUGAAGCCAGACGGCUCUUUGAAUUUCCCGGGUAUCAGCGCUGAAGUAGCCAAGUGGAUAGUGGAGUCAUACAAGAACGUGGUGGCAGUAGGAGUGGAUGUGGCCUCCUUGGACCCCGGAUCCUCGAAGGACUACAUGGUCCAUCAGAUCCUACUGGGAGCCGGCCUCUAUCAGAUGGAAAAUGUUAAUUUUGGCAACCACACAUUACCUGAUAGCGGAUGUCUCGGCAUCGCCCUGCCGAUGAAGAUAGCGGCGGGGACGGGCGCGCCGCUGCGGCUAGUGGCCAUGUGUCCGAAACAAGUGCCGACUUCCUUCGAUUGAGGAAACAGAAGACUGUCAGCUCUCAAUCUUUGCUGCUUAUUGUGAUUUUACUGAAAAGUAUACGAAUCCUUCGAAAUUGAAUUAUAUGCUCCAGAUAGUUUAUAGCUACAUCUAGAUUACUGGAUCACAAAAUAAAUUAUUCGACUUAUUUA